CGUAUAAAUUCUGGUGUCGGCACUGACGUAACCAGCAAACGCACUCAAGCCAUCCAGCAACCAAGAUGUGUCUCGUACAGAAGAAAAACAGCGCACAGCCCGAGGCCCAGAAGCUGCCACAGAAGCAGGAGACGACGAGUCCGAGUCCGAGUCCGAGUCCGACGCCGCAGCCUCCAUCCCCCACCGCCGCCUAUGUGAUGUUCAAGCACCGCGAGGAGCUGAGCCGACGCAAUGGGCGGACGGCCCGCGCCUCCCUCACCAAGAUUCAUCUGACCACCGAACUGAUAGCCCGCACCAAGCAGAACAUUCGACAGUGCAGCUUCGAGGAUCUGGCCAUCCUGGCCAGGGAGACGAUCUUCCGCAAGAGUCUGCAGCGUCGCCUGCACUACAGACGCAUGGAAAUGGGACUGAAGAUCAAACAGAAACGCAUGGCCCACAAGUGAGGGAAAAGUCUGAUAAAGAACAGCCCAAGUGAUAACCCAAGAGCCCCUAUUAUAAUAAGAUUGUACAUUGUACAUUUUGGCCAUAGUUUAAUUUAAGUUCAAGCUUCAAGCACAUGUAGAAAUAUUUCCAAACACCUAAAUUAAACUUCAAUCAUUUAGAAAAACCCCCAUUUUCCGUAUA